AUGGCUCGUCCUGGUUCUCUGUGCGCCAUCUGGAGUGCGCUUUGGAUGGCGAGGACAGUGGUGGAUUACGCGCAGUCCCAGGAGAUUUACGCACCACAUUCAAUCCGGACUGAAGGAGCUUUGACCCUCGGUGGGCUCUUCCCUGUUCACUCCCGGGGAGGAGACAGCUUGCAAUGCGGGGACCUGAAGAAGGAGAACGGCAUCCAGCGUCUGGAGGCCAUGAUGUAUGCUCUGGACCAGAUCAACCAGGACGACCAGAUCCUGCCCAACAUCACGCUGGGUGCUCGGGUGCUGGACACUUGCUCCAGGGAUACCUAUGCACUGGAGCAGUCCUUAACUUUCGUCCAGGCCCUGAUCACGAAGGACACCUCCGAUGUGAGGUGCACCAAUGGGGAGGCACCUGUGUUCGUGAAGCCGGAGAAGGUGGUGGGAGUCGUGGGAGCCUCGGCGAGCUCGGUAUCGAUCAUGGUUGCCAACAUCCUACGCCUCUUUCAGAUCCCCCAGAUCAGCUAUGCGUCAACGGCCCCGGAGUUGAGCGAUGACCGGCGCUAUGACUUCUUCUCGCGGGUGGUUCCUCCGGACUCGUUCCAGGCCCAGGCCAUGGUGGACAUCAUCCGAGCCCUGGGCUGGUCCUACGUCUCCACCAUCGCCUCGGAGGGCAGCUACGGAGAGAAGGGAGUGGAGGCCUUCACACAGCUCUCCAAAGAAGCAGGUGGAAUCUGCAUCGCCCAGUCUUUGAAAAUUCCCCACAACCCCAAGCUGGAGGAUUACGACAAAGCCAUCCAACAACUGCUGGAAAUGCAGAACUCGCGGGCAGUCGUCAUCUUCGCCAGCGAGGAAGAUAUACGGGGAGUUCUCAAUGCCACCAAGAGGGCCAAUCAAGUGGGCCAUUUCCUGUGGAUUGGAUCCGACAGUUGGGGGGCCAAAAGCAGCCCGAUCCACCAGCUGGAGGAUGUAGCGGUGGGAGCGGUCACUAUACUGCCCAAACGCUCCUCCAUCGAAGGGUUUGAUGAAUACUUCACCGGGCUCACCCUGGAGAACAACCGCCGGAACGUGUGGUUCGCCGAGUUCUGGGAGGAGAACUUUGACUGCAGGCUCCUCAGCGCCUCUAAGAGAGAGGAUACGAGCCGUAAAUGCACAGGCAAGGAGCGCAUCGGGAGCGAAUCCAAGUACGAGCAGGAAGGGAAGGUGCAGUUUGUGAUUGACGCGGUGUACGCCAUGGCCCACGCUCUCCACAGCAUGCAGAGGGACAUGUGUCCAGAUCACCCUGGAGUCUGUCCACAGAUGGAGACCGCGGAUGGGAAGACUCUGCUGAAGUACAUACGAAACACCAGCUUCAACGGCAGCGCCGGCACCUUGGUUGUGUUCAACAAGAACGGCGAUGCUCCAGGACGCUACGACCUGUUCCAGUUCCAGAUGACCAACUCCUCCACCCCAGAGUAUAAGGUGGUAGGACACUGGGUGGAGAACCUGCAGCUCAGGCUGGAGGAGCUUCAGUGGCCAGAUGGGGAGCAGGAGGUGCCCAUCUCUGUGUGCAGUCUGCCCUGCAAGACCGGAGAGAGGAAGAAGAGGGUAAAGGGCAUGCCGUGCUGCUGGCACUGCGAGCUCUGCGACGGCUACCAGUACCAGUACGACGAGACCUCCUGCAGACUGUGUGCCUACAACAUGAGGCCCAACCCCAACAGGACCGCCUGCCAGCCCAUCCCCAUCGUCAAGCUGGAGUGGCACUCCCCCUGGGCGAUCAUCCCCGUCUUCCUGGCCAUGCUCGGCAUCAUCGCCACCAUCUUCGUCAUGGCGACGUUCGUGCGCCACAACGACACCCCCAUCGUGCGGGCGUCGGGCCGAGAGCUGAGCUACGUGCUGCUAACUGGCAUCUUCCUGUGUUACAUCAUCACCUUCCUCAUGAUCGCCAAACCCGACGUGGCCGUGUGCGCCUUCAGGAGGAUCUUCCUGGGCCUGGGCAUGUGCAUCAGCUACGCGGCGCUGCUCACCAAGACCAACCGCAUCUACCGGAUCUUCGAGCAGGGCAAGCAGACGGUCACGGCACCGCGCUUCAUCAGCCCCACCUCCCAGAUCGCCAUCACCUCCAGCCUGAUCUGCGUGCAGCUGCUGGGCGUGCUGGUGUGGUUCGCCGUGGACCCUCCGAACACCAUCAUCGACUACGACGAGCAGAAAACCAUUAACCCCAAGCUGGCCCGCGGCGUGCUCAAGUGCGACAUCACAGACCUGCAGAUAAUCUGCUCGUUGGGCUACAGCAUCCUGCUGAUGGUGACCUGCACCAUCUACGCCAUCAAGACCAGGGACGUACCGGAGGACUUCAACGAAGCCAAGCCCAUCGGCUUCACUAUGUACACCACUUGCAUAGUCUGGCUGGCCUUCAUCCCGAUUUUCUUUGGCACGGCCCAGUCGGCUGAGAAGCUGUACAUCCAGACGACCACGCUGACCAUCUCCAUGAACCUCAGUGCCUCGGUAGCACUGGGCAUGCUCUACAUGCCCAAGGUGUACAUCAUCAUCUUCCACCCUGAGAUGAACGUGCAGAAGAGGAAGCGUAGCUUCAAGGCCGUGGUCACAGCCGCCACCAUGUCGUCGCGUCUGUCGCAGAAGCCCAACGAGAGGCCCAACGGAGAGGCCAAGACCGAGCUGUGUGAGAACCCCGCCGCUGACCCCAUGAGUCAAGCAACCAAGAAAACAUAUGUGAGUUACAACAACCUCAGGAUCUGA